AUGGGGUCGCAGCACUACUUUUCCUCGAGGUCAAAACAUCCUAACGGCAAUUGGAAUGAAGGUUUUUUGUUCACUGUUUCAUAUCACAAUCAGUUAUUUGAUACAAUUGAAUUGGACUUGUACGAUAAGCGGAAAAAAUGGAGGUCAAAGGCCAAACAUAUCGGUAAAGCCAAACUGAAAAUCUCAAGGCUCAUUCAUAGAGACGACGUAUUUAUCACAUUCUUACCGAUGUACGAAUAUCAUGUUAGAAGGUACUUACCUGCACAUAUUCAACUACCACAUACAUUUCUUAAAUCGCAUAUCAUGCCGAAUGUCUCGAGGUUUAAGGAGCAGUAUAAGAAACACUAUCAUCACUUACAGCACCAUCGCCAGCGAUACACCCGAGCUGACGAUCUUUAUGUCGAUACACCACCUACUUACCAAACCCAUCCGAGUCAUAGCAGACAUUCAAUGACGCCUUUUAUAGGAUCUAUUCAGGUGAGAGUGCGAUAUUCUUACCAGCAUCCACCGGAUGUAACAUCUUCAGGCGAGGAUUUGGAGUCAGACAUUUUGGCUCCUUUCUAUUUCGAGCAUCAGUUAACACACCAAUCCAUGGAAACGUUUCACACAUAUCUGACAACAUCUCGAAAAAGUAGCCAAAAGAGUUACCGCAGCAGCACCACAACCACAGACAGUAGUUAUUCUCAACAACCACCACCGAAUAUUAAUACAGUUCAUUUCCCUAAACGAGACGGUGAGACGACCAAGAAGAGUUCUUCUCUAACUUUUUCGGAUAAAGCAAGUAUCAAGAGUCAUAAUUUUGGUGACAAAAACUUUGCAUUUCGAUGGAUCAACGAGUCAUUUGAGGAAGUAGCAAUAUCACAUCCGAGUUUGGAUCGCAUGAUUGGUAUGGUGGUCAGUCCCCAGACACGCAUACUGCUGAGAGCUGUAGUGAAAAUGUUCAAUGCCUUUGGCCAGGGAUUCAAAAUUACUAUACUUCAGUUAAUAUCCUCUUUAUCUCUGUUACAAACCUUCUACUCUGAAGUACCAAGAUCACCGCCUGCUGCAAAAAUAACAGAUCUGAAGUUCUUAGAUGAAGCAUAUUACUUUUUGGGUCAUGCUAUCAUUGCUUAUGGCUGGAGAGGAAUAUCCUAUUUGGGAGAUUAUGCAAAAUAUCUUAAAGAUGUUGUGAAAACGAAAUCAAAUAAGGACGCUAUCGUUAGAUACCUGAAGAUACCGCAAGAAGAUCUUUUGGGAUAUGAGUACGGCUUGCGAAAGGGGGCUGUGUUUCAGCCUAGUUACUUUGUUUCAUACGACCAUGUUCAUGAGGCGGUAGUACUAGGUAUACGUGGAACAUGGAGCCUUUAUGAUUGUAUAACAGAUUUAGUUUGUGAAUAUCGACCUUGGAAAGGCGGCUUAGUUCAUUCAGGUAUUCUGGCCUCUGCUCAAUGGUUCUUUACACGUAUAAUACCACAAAUCUUUCUUUAUGUGGCAGAACAGACUAAAUCAGGUCAGCGCAAAAUUUCCUCAUUCAUCAUCACUGGCCAUUCUCUUGGGGCAGGUGCGGCAGCCGUUUUGACGAUGAUGGUAAUUGAUCACUUGGAUCAAUUACGUGAAAUUUCAGGUGUUCCAGAUUUUAAGGUUCAUUGCUACAGUUAUGCACCCGUAGCAAGUGUUUCACAUGAUCUAUCCGAAAAGUACAAAGACUACAUAGACAGUUUUGUGUGCCACGAUGAUUUGGUGGCUCGCCUGUCUUAUGGAACCGCUUCAUGCGUUAAAGAGCUUAUCAUGGAUGCUUGUAUAGCAGUGGACGGCUUAGGUGGCUCAAGUAAAAAAUAUACCACUUUAGCGAACCUCGAUACCCACUUUUAUACGUUCCAGGUACUGUUUAUCAAUUUCGUCGAAACAAAUCGCUGGCAUCAUCUUUACCUACCGCGAAAUGCUCUUCUUCAGAAAUGA